AUCCGCUGCGGUCAGCGUCAGGAAAACAGCAAGACUGCUGUAAGUCUGUGUCUUUGUGCUUCUCAAAGCUCAAAAAGCAGAAUUUCCGAAGAGAAAGAAGGUACUGUUCAGCUCCCAAUUUUCCUCCAAAUUGUGAGACGAAACCACCACUGCUCCGCUUGCACUCUGAGAUGCGGCUGCGGGGCUGCCUGCUAAUAGACAUAAAUGACUCGGGGAUUGUUUUCCGCCCUUGGACAGAGAAAUGAGAUCACAAUUUUCAUGCAGAGAAGGACCCGCCGUCGCCAGGCCGUUGAGGCCGCCGCUUCCCCGCCCAGCUUAGGUCCCGCAUUACAUCACUGGUGAGCUCUAGCUGGUGGGGGAGGGGGGAGGAGGCUUUGCCAGGGACCCAGCCCCAGAAUAACAAGGGUGGGGUGGUGGUGUCAGGGCAGAGGGAGAAAGAAAUCGCAGGACUCAGUUUCCAAUCACAGCCCCACGUGGGGUGGGGCUGAGGGGGGCUGUACAGGACAAAUGCAACAUCCUUAAGCAGCCGCACCCCAAAUCCCGUUCCUGCACCGCCUCCUAGCCGCCCUCAACUCUCAAUUUCAUGUCCAAGAAAAACUGAUAUCCAAAGCUGCCAGGAGAACUGCCUUGAGGGUGCUAAGGGGGACAGCGGAGAGGCGCUCGGGACAGGGAGGGACCGAGGCAUCGCGCUGGGGAAGGGGGCGGAGAGGGGACGACCGGAGGGGGAGGCGGUCGCUGCUGCGCCCCCGCCUGGCCCAGCCAGAGGUGCCUCCCUUGCCAGGCGACGGCAGUCAGAGGGGGGAGGCAGAAGCGCCUCCUCCCCGCCCGGAGCCCAGGCGGCAGCGCAGGGGGAGGAAGGUGCCUCACCUUGCCCCCGAUGAGGGGCGGAUCAUGCCAUGGCAGCGCCGGCGAGCGACAGCGGCGGCAGCGGUGACAGCCCGAGCAGCAGCCCCGGGAGCCGGGCGGGAGCUGGGAGCGCCGCGGCGGGAGCUCGGGACCAAGGGGACGCAGGAGCCCGGGAUGCAGCGGGGACAGCUCCCGGCCUCCCUCCGCUCGAGGACUACGAAUGCAAAAUCUGUUACAACUACUUCGACGCAGACCGGCGCGCGCCCAAGCUGCUGGCGUGCUUGCACACCUUCUGCCAGGAGUGCCUGAGCCAGCUGCAUCUCCGCACCGCCACCGCCGCUGCCGCCGCUGCCACCGCGCCCGAGCGCCCGCCGCCCUGGCUCGGCCUGCCCGGCGCCAUCGCAUGCCCCGUGUGCCGGCACCGCACGCCUCUGCCCGACAGCCGCGUGCACGGCCUGCCCAACAACACCAAGCUCUCCGAGGCCUUCCCGCUGGCUCUGCGCGCCGCGCACGACCCGCUCCCCCAGGACCGCCUCCCGCCGCUGCCCGCGCGCCGCCCAGCGCCAGCAGCCGCUCCGCCGCCUGCUCCAGCCCCACCGUCUCCGCUGCCGCCGCCGCCACCGGCAGAGGACGCGGCCCCUGGGCCUCGCGGACGACCCAGCCUGCGCGCCCCGGGCGCCUACGAGAGCUGCCAGAACUGCAAGCGCGCGGCGCUCACCGCCGGCUGCGUAUGCGUGGUCUUCUCCUUCCUCUCCAUGGUGGUGCUGCUCUUCACCGGCCUCAUCUUCGUCAACCACUACGGCGGCGGUGGCCCCCCCGGAGCCGGGGCGCCCCCUGGCGAGGCCCCGGCUACCGGGUCGCCCUCGCCGUCGCCGGUGGGGCCCAUCUGUCUGUCGGUGGCCAGCAUCCUAGCGCUCUUCUCAGUCGUUGUCACCUGGGUCAUCUGUUGGCUCAAGUAUCGGCCGGAGGGUGCGGCCGCGGGUUCGGCAGGGGGCGGUGGCGGCGGCGGCCAGAGGACUCGGGCGGUGGUGGCGGGAGGCGGCGCGCGGAGGAGCAACACGUAGUCUGGUCGCAGAGCCCGUCUUCCGCUUUCACCUCCCGCCUGCGCGACCGGAGAAGAGGGGGUCUUCGGCUUGGAGCAAUCUUGAGCUUCUCCCCCUCUCCCCGCGGUUCCGGGACGCUACGGGUCGCAUAAGC